AUGCAUUCCGUCUUGAUCGCAUUCGCAGCGACUGGGCUCGCCUCCGUAGCUCAAGCCUUCACAAAGCCUGGUGCCAGUACUUGGGGCCCUCUUCUCACCCCUGAUCUCUCAACUCCGGUUACUGCUGGUGAAACAUUCAAGAUCACGUGGGACCCCGAGACCCACCCGACCGAUGGUGUGACCGUCAGCCUUGUCCUUUGCCACGGUCCAUCAUCAAACUGUGUGCCAUCAGACACCGCCAUCGUUGAAGGUCUCCCUGCUUCUCAGAAGUCGUAUCAAUGGUCAGUUCCCAGCGACCUUGCUCCCGGCAAGCAAGCCACCGACACCGGCUAUGGCAUGUUGAUCAUCGUCGACGGCACUGGCGAGUUUCAAUACUCGACUCAGUUCUCAGUCCUCGCCGGCAAGGGUGCCAGCAGCGGUAGCUCCAGCUCCGGAUCUGGCAAGCCUACCGUCACUGCUAGCUCUACUGCGACCGACUCUGCCGGCAACACCAUUCUUGGACCCCCUGCUCAACAGACCGGAGCCACCUCUAUCGCAGAUGCCAACCCUUACAAUACCACUUUCUCAAGCGGCUGGUGGUCAACCAUCUCUCCCAGCGGCACCGUCUACUCCGGCACCAUUCCUCUCACGACCUACGGUGGUGGCUCCACGCUCACCACUCAAACUGGCUCUGUAGUCCCUGCUGGAACGACAAUCCCGGCAACAGGUGUCUCUACCACGGCUACUGGCGCCGGUGUCACUGCACCUACGUUCACUGGCGCUGCUGACCGCCUGGGUUUGAACGCUGCCAGCCUCGCCGUUGCCGGUGUUAUGGCCCUGUUCGCGCUAUAG